AUGAAUGGCCCUCAGAGCCGGGAGGCCAGGGUACCAGCAGCCUGCCAGGCCACCUCGGAGCGCCCGCGGGGCACCUUUCGGCGAAGUGCUCUGGUAGACAGGGGACCAACCGGCUGGAGCGCCCGCCCCUCCUCGGCGGCUCGCUCUGGCUCUGCCCGAGACGCUGGCGGGGACUCGAUCCAGGCCGCGGUUGCGGAAGGCGAGGGUGCGGCCGUGGCCUCCAGCCCUCCGCCCACCGGGAAGACGGCCGUGAAUCACCCCCUCGCUCCAUGGAGAAGACAGUUAAUUUAG